UUUUUUUUUCACAAGAAGGGGGAUCGCAUCCCUUGGUAUCCGUGCGUAUAGGGAAGUGGGACGUGAACAGGAUUCCCACUGAAAGGCCUAGAGGCGGUGGGCUCCGUCCAGACGUUGCACACGUGUUGCCGGCCCCGCCUCUGCGCCCCGCCCCAUCCCAAUGGUACAGAGUCCGCCAACGCUCGCGAGAGCCCUCUCGCCUUCCACGUUUGCCACGUUCCAAAGGACCAGGACAGACUGGAAAGCCGAAAGCGGCUUGCGCUCACAGGCUGCCGAGUCGCGCUAGAACAGCUCUAAGUCCGCAGGGGGCGGGGAAGCGCUAUACGGUUCUGCCCCCGUCAUAGGAGCCUUUAUGAUUGGCUGCUUGGCUCGUCACUCUGCCUUCCGCUGGUGGCGAGGGGGCGGAGUUCAGCCGGGAAGGGGCGUGGCCUCAAGCUGGAGCGGGGCGCGCUCUCGCGCGGGGAGGGUAGACACUGGUUCGGCGCGCGCGAGAGCCGGGCGCGCGCAGGAGGCACGCGGGCGAAAGUCCUCAGAGGCGCUGCGGGCGGUGCUGAGACACCCACGCCGCUGCAGAAGCCGCGGCCCGCACCCGCUGUAGCGCCAGCAGCCGUCAGCGCCCCCCGCGCCCUGAGGGAGCCCCCCACCCCUCGCCUGCUCCAGCGGUGCGCAUGAUGGCCCCGCGCAAGAAUGCCAAGGGAGGCGGCGGCGGCAACAGCAGCAGCAGCAGCUCCAGCAGCCCGAGCAGCUGCACCAGCGGCGGCAGCAGCAGCCCCGGGGCCCGGAGAGAGACAAAGCAUGGAGGACAGAAGAAUGGGAAGAAAGGAGGACUUUCUGGAAGUUCAUUUUUCACGUGGUUUAUGGUCAUUGCGUUGCUGGGAGUCUGGACAUCGGUAGCUGUUGUCUGGUUUGAUCUUGUUGAUUAUGAGGAAGUAUUAGCCAAAGCAAAGGACUUCCGUUAUAACUUAUCAGAGGUACUUCAAGGGAAACUAGGAAUCUAUGAUGCUGAUGGUGAUGGGGAUUUCGAUGUGGAUGACGCCAAGGUUUUAUUAGAAGGACCCGGUGGGGUAGCCAAGAGAAAAACUAAGGCUAAAGGCCUUAAAGAAAGAUCUGCUCCAAAGCCAACAAUCCCACCAGAAGAGGCCGAGCCGUACCCUUGGCUGGAGGAUCAGGUUCUGGAGGGGCCAGGGCCUCAGAAUAUUGAAGAUGAACUGCAAGACCAAAUUCAGUCACUUCUUGAUGAAACCGUGUACCCAGAACAUGGUGGACUAGCCCUUGGCCAGAGUGAGGACAGAGCUUCAGAGUGGGCAGCGGUGUGUUCGGAGGCCCAGAGAAGGGCCCGGGCGUGCCCAGCAGCUGAAGUGGGUGAGGACCUGCAGCAAGAACAGGAUGCACCAGCAGGAGAACUGCAGCUGGAAGAUGCUCUCCUCACAGGAAGGGAUGAAGAUGAAAGAAUUGAGUCCAUGGGAACUGAAGCAAUCCAUGAAGAAACUGAAGAUAGCUACCAUGUAGAAGAGACAGCCUCACCAGCCUAUAAUCAAGAUACAGAAGACAUGAUGUAUGAACAAGAAAAUCCAGAGUCCAGUGAACCAGUAGUGGAAGAUGAUGGAAGAAUAUACCAAGAAGCAGACGACGUAACAUACCAAGACUAUGAUGAACAAGUGUAUGAGCCAGCGGAAAAUGAAGGAACAGAAAGUUCAGAUAAUGCUGUAGACGAUUCACACACAAUUUUAGAAGAAGUGCACGUGCCCCCUGCAGAGGAACAGCAGGAAGUACCACCAGAAACAAAGAGGAAAACAGAUGAUCCCGAAAAAAAAGAAAAAGUUAAGAAAAAGAAGCCUAAACUAUUAAAUAAAUUUGAUAAGACCAUUAAAGCUGAACUUGAUGCUGCAGAAAAACUCCGUAAAAGGGGGAAAAUUGAGGAAGCACUGAAUGCGUUUGAAGAACUAGUUCGCAGGUACCCUAAGAGCCCAGGGGCGCGCUAUGGAAAAGCACAGUGUGAAGAUGAUUUGGCCGAGAAGAGGAGGAGCAAUGAGAUCCUGCGCAGGGCCAUCCAGACCUACCAGGAAGCGGCCAGCCUGCCGGACGUCCCCGCAGACCUCGUGAAGCUGAGCUUGAAGCGACGGUCAGACAGACAACAGUUUCUAGGUCACAUGAGAGGUUCCCUGCUUACUCUACAGAAGUUAGUUCAACUCUUUCCUGAUGACACUUCCUUAAAGAAUGACCUUGGCGUGGGGUACCUCUUGAUAGGAGAUAAUGACAAUGCCAAGAAGGUUUAUGAAGCGGUUCUGAAUGUGACGCCUAAUGAUGGCUUUGCUAAAGUGCAUUAUGGCUUUAUCCUGAAGGCACAGAACAAGAUCGCGGAGAGCAUCCCCUACCUAAAGGAGGGGAUAGAGUCUGGGCAUCCUGGCACUGAUGAUGGGCGAUUUUAUUUCCACCUGGGGGAUGCCAUGCAAAGAGUUGGAAACAAAGAGGCGUAUAAGUGGUACGAGCUUGGGCACCAGCGGGGCCACUUUGCAUCCGUGUGGCAGCGCUCCCUGUACAACGUGCGAGGACUGAGAGCCCAGCCCUGGUGGACCCCCAAGGAGACGGGCUACACGGAACUUGUGAAGUCCUUAGAAAGAAACUGGAAGUUAAUCCGAGACGAAGGCCUUGCAGUGAUGGAUAGAACCCAGGGCCUCUUCCUGCCUGAAGAUGAGAACCUGAGGGAAAAGGGCGACUGGAGCCAGUUUACACUGUGGCAGCAAGGAAGAAAAAAUGAAAAUGCCUGCAAAGGAGCUCCUAAAACCUGUUCUUUACUAGACAAAUUCCCUGAAACAACAGGAUGCCGAAGAGGACAGAUCAAGUAUUCCGUCAUGCACCCAGGAACCCACGUGUGGCCGCACACGGGACCCACGAACUGCAGGCUCCGGAUGCACCUGGGCCUGGUGAUCCCCAAGGAGGGCUGCAAAAUCCGAUGUGCCAACGAGACCAAGACCUGGGAAGAAGGCAAGGUGCUCAUCUUCGACGACUCCUUUGAGCACGAGGUGUGGCAGGACGCCAAGUCUUUCCGGCUGAUUUUCAUCGUGGAUGUGUGGCACCCGGAGCUGACACCCCAGCAGAGACUCAGCCUUCCUGCAAUUUAGUCGUGCCGUCUCGGACACGCUGGAGAGGUUCCGACUCCUUGAUGUGGACAUAGACCUUCAAACACCAUAGCCCUUAAUUCCCUUGACUUGCAGCCUGAAAAAUUUCUAAACCUCCUCUGGGAUCGGAAGAUGCUAAAGGGAAUAUUCGCCUUGCUGUAGUUCUUUUAGAAAAGACCUGCCGGUUUUCACCCAGGACAGCCCUAAUCUGAUGCCCGUAUUCCAGGUGAACACAUGAUGCUUCUACCUUGCCAGCCAAAGAUAUUUUUUUCCACUGAAAGUAGGCAAAAUCAACAUAAAUGAGAAUAUGUGUAGAGAUUGUGAAUAAUUGCUUUAGUUUGCCAUUUUUCUCUACAGUUAUAUUUUUCGAGGGUCGCUAGACCAUUUUGUCAUCACAUACCACGACUGUUUUUGUUCAUUUUAGUGACAGGCUGUAUAAAUGCUUGACUUCUAGCUGUAGCUUCCCUGGUGAACUCAGAUUUCCAUCUUUUAGUUAUUUUUAGUAAAAGGCACUCAUUUGAAAAAAGAAAAUUCUACUUUCCUAAUACAAAGGAGAAGGAAGUAAUCACGCCAGUGUCUAUGAACUGGACUGCUCCCUACCCAUUGGGUCGAUUUACUCUUUUGUCUUCAUUGAGAGCCGGUGUCUUAAUUUCUCUCCUCGCCAUGUGAAUUGUGGAAAUACUGUCAAAAUGGUAUUUCUUUCUAAGAGGAACUUAUUUUACACUGAAAAGGGACUUGGAAUCAUUCUAUGUUGAGUUAUAAAAAUGACACGUGUAAACAUUUUUUUCAUGCCAAGUAUAGGCAUUGGGGGCAAACAUGUAAAAUUUCUCCAAGUGGAAAUUUUCUCUCGGGAUCAGGUAGCUAGGGGCUGCUUGGACAUCUGCCUUGUGACCUCUGUCAUCUGUGAAACGGGGCUGGUAUCCAGAGUGUCUUCUGCUGUUUAUCCCUGUGAGUGACGAGGCCCUUGAGAGGGUUUCCCAUCACAGUUCUAUAAAAAUAUGAGGGAUAGAGAGCAGAAGACCAAGAAUGCUGGACUCUGUGUCCUGGGUGUAGCGUGUCAACAUUGCUUUCCUCUUUGAAAUCACUUGGAAGACGCUUACAUCUCCCUGCCUUGAGAAACUGCUGCCACUUAAACAUCACCUUGAGAUGGCAAUUAUUAUUGAUAAUUUAACUGUACUGUUACCCACAGCAUAGAAGUAACUAUUGCCUACUCGUUCCAAAGAGGAUCAUGUUAUUAAUUUAGUAGCACAUCAAGGCGUUCAAUUUCAAGAUUUUUUAAAUCAGAGCUAACUAGGAAUGUUAGCUAUAAGAAUGUAAUAAUAUUUAUGCACUGAAUUUUAAGCCAAUAUGAACAAAAGUGCUGGAAAUGACAUAUAGGUUACCAGACUUCAUUCACAGGUAGGAAGAAAACCACUUGUGCUUCCGUUUCCAUUGAAGGACAAAGAGGGAUGCUUGCUUUUAUUUUUAUUUUUAUUUUUAUUUUUUUAAGGGCCGCAACUCGUGGCAUGUAGAGGUUCCCGGGCUAGGGGUCGAAUUGGAGCUGCAGUUGCUGGCCUACACCACAGCAACUCAGGAUCCAAGCUAUGUCUUCAACCUACACCACAGCUCACGGCAAAGCCAGAUCCUUAACCCACUGAGUGGGGCCAGGGACCGAACCUGAGUCCUCAUGGAUACUAGUCGAGUUCAUUAACUGCUGAGCCACAACAGGAACUCCAAAGAUGCUUUCUGUAUCUCAUUUAAGAAACAGUUCUUUAAAAUUGAAAUGGACCCCUUUUGCUUGUCCUUAAGGACAUUAGCUUCCAGUAGAAGAGUUAGCACAGUAUUUGUCUUGUCCCCUCUGUUUUGCCAAUAUUGAAAAAUCCCACUAAAAUAGAUGAAGAAGCAAGUGAGGAAAAAUAUCAAAAUUCAUUACCAAAGCCCAGAAAAAAGGCAGACUCUUGCAAGAUAAAAAGUCAUGUGUGUCCUUCAGUAUUUAUUGAACAGAAGAAAUGACUGACAAAGGACAAUACAAUCCAGUGCUCAUAUGGUAACAUUCAUGUCACUUACUGAAUUUGGUUCUUGUAUGUAUAUUGCAUACACAUAAGGAAAUUCAAAGUGUAAGUUGUCACUGUUGAACCAUCACCUUUUACAUUCGUUUAAUGAAAUCAUGGAAUAGAGUAAAAACUAGCUCUUAACUUAGUAAUAAUUAUAAUAUGGUAUUUAAAAUCAGGUCACUACAGUAGGAUUCUAAAUAUUGCCGAUUGAAAAGCCAAAAUUAUUAGUACUGUUGCAAAACGUUGGCCAUAAUUGACUCCAAUAGCAUUUUAAAUACUUGGAUCCCACACCUAUUUUAUAAACUCGAGUUAUAAAAUGGGUUUUCUAAUUUGCUUGAAUGCUUCAUUUUUCUACCCUAUACAGUGGUAUUUGAGAAAAGUUAUUUCUGUCACUGCAUUGGUAGAAUCAUCUCAAUGUUAAUAUUUUGUUAUUGGACAUGUCUACACAAAAUGGAUUGGUUUUGUUUAUACUGUGAUACAGUUGGUUGAGAAAUAUUUUAAAUUGUUUUAAUUUUAUUUCAAGGGUAGAAUACAAAAAUCUCUUCUGUUAUUAUUUUCUGUCAGUAGAAAAAAAAUUAAAACACCAGAUCUGUUGAGAAGGAGAUGUGAUAAAUGAUAAAGAUGGAUAAGAACGUCUAAUGAGAAUGAUUACGGCCAGUCGAAUCACCUCUUUCCUUUGAAUUUUUUUAGCUAACGGAUAACCUUCCCCCAUACUUAAAAGUAUAAAAUCAUAUUUUACUGCUCAUUAUCAACUAAAAUAUUUUUCAUUUGACAUUGAGCACCCACUGGUCCUACUCAUGAAGGCCCAUGUCAUGCAGAUGGCUGGGAGAGUAAGAGAGCGCUAAAAACAUACAACCGGUUUUGGGAAACAGGGCACAAGUCAGGAUCAUACCCCGUGAUAUCUGUUUAUUUUUAUCUAAUUUCCUUUGAAUGGACAGUUGGGGACUCCAUUUCUAAGGAUAAUAAACAAAGAAAUAAAAUGAUCUUUGGCAUUUCA